CUGGCCACACAGUCUCGCUAGAGCAAACGCUGUUGCAACACAGCCAUAAUGAAACUAACGGAGGAUCAGACGGAGACCAAUGGCCAGACAAAUGAGGGCCAUAAUUGUGAUUUGCCACCAAAGUAUCUCAACGAGGAUUUCUUCAAGGCCGCCCUCGAGGAUGGACUAAGGGAUAUGCGUGUGGAUAUUAAGAAAAUCAUAUUUGCCGAAUCGAGCGGCGGCGGCGGGGAAAACUAUUGCAGUAAAAUCUAUCGGGCCAGGGCCCUAUAUCGUAGCAGUAAACGGCAAUUGGAUGAGGAAUUGGCCUUGAUUGUGAAGAGUAUUGCCAUCACGCCGGCCACACAAUUUCUAGAAGAAUUGGCUGUUUAUUUGCGUGAGAAAAUCUUCUAUUUCGAUGUGCUUGGCAAAUUGCAAGUCCUGAUUGGUGAUGGCACGAAAUUUGGUGCAAAAUGUUUCUAUACGACACGACAACCCAUACAAACGAUUGUAUUCGAUGAUCUAACACAAUAUGGCUAUAAAUUGGCCAAUCGUCAGAGUGGCCUGAAUGAGGAACAUUGUGUGAUUAUAUUAAAGAAAUUGGGUAAAUUUCAUGCCAGUUCCAUGAUACUGGCCGAAAAGGAGCCCAGUGUGCGAGAACAUUUCACUAGCGGCAUGCUGGAUGAGAACUAUAUAAGAACCAAUGAAAGAUUCAUUAAUUUCAUGACACUGCAGUUGCGUACAUUGGCCAAUCUGGUGGCCAAAUGGACAGAUGAUGAUUAUGAGCAGUUGGCCAAGAAAUUGCAUCGCCAUUGUGACAAUCUAAAAGAGAAUUUGGUAAUGACAGGACGUCCACAGGCCAAUGAGCUGACUGUUCUGAAUCAUGGUGACCUUUGGGUUAAUAAUUUCAUGUACAAAUAUGAGAAUCAACAGCCGAUUGAUGCAAUUUUUGUUGAUUUUCAAAACAGUUUCUUUGGCAGUCCCGGCUGUGAUAUCAACUUCUUUCUCAAUAGCAGCGUUCAAUUGGAUAUAUUGAUCCAUCGACGGGAGUUCCUUAUCGAAACGUAUUAUCAAUCAUUGCGCGAGAGUUUAGAAUCGAUGCACUCGCGUUUGAUACCCAGCUAUAAGGAUAUACAAAAUGAAAUCCGGGCACGUGAGCUAUAUGGCUUCUUCUCAUCAUAUGCCUUCUUGCCCAUGGUCACAAUGAGGAAGGAGGAUUCGUAUGACAUUAGCAUUGAGGCCCUAACCGAUCAGGAAUUUGCCAUUAAAAAGGUUCAAUUGAUGUUCACAUCGAAUCCACGUACCACAGAUACUUUGCGUUAUGCCCUAAAACGAUUCGAUCAAUUGGGUAUUUUUGACUAAAAUGAGUACUACUCUUACUUAGUUUUGCUUGGUUUUUGUUUGUUUUUUUUUUUUUUGAUUUUUUUUUUUUGUUAGACUGUUAAGAAUAAUAAACGAAAUAUGCUUAUCAUGAAA